AUGUAUGCUGAGACUGAUGGGUUCAUCGAAGAAAUUCAACGAACAGACUGGCCCGAUCAGCUACCUGAAGAUGACUUGGAUAUCUUUACAGCUUCAUUGGAUCCGAGCUUUAACAUCAAUUCUGAGGACCUAACAGCAGGCGAUCAGAUGAAUAGUCAUGAUUCUAUGGCAAACUUCUUCGUCGAUGAUCCGAUGGGCGCUGAAGGCCUCGCUCUCUUCAGUCCAGGCUUCAUAUCCCAAGUCAUGGGACACGACACCGCGCAAGAAGACACCAUCGACCCAAGUCUUCAAGCCUCAAUGAACGAAGUAGUCCCCUACCCAAGAAAUAUCACAAGCCCCUCCAUCCUUCCCGAAGAAGCAGAGCCACUACUCCGCCACUACAGACAACACAUCGCCGGCCAACGCUCAACAAUGCGAGCUAAACGCAAGUCUCCCUGGGAGAUCAUAUUUCUGCCCUGUGCUCUCGAGACAUUUGCUGAGCUAUCACUAUGGAACGAAGCUUCUCAUACCCGCUCUUCGAUAUUUUAUACACUUCUUGCUCAUAGUGCGUUGCAACUUCAUAUGUCCAAGGCACCGAAUUCUUUGGCGGCGGAUUGGAAGGAGAUUGGGUUGAAGAAUCAUGAACGAGCGCAGAAUCAUCUGAGGCAGGCGUUGCAGCAUGAAAUGUUUGGGCCGAGACAGGCGAGUUAUAAGGAGCUUUUGAUGGCUAUCCUAGCUAUGGCCAUGACUUCUUUACACAACGGAGCUCGUGCAUUUAGAAUCUUCCUCCUCGAUGCAGAACGCCUCAUCCGCCUACGCGGUCUGGCAAACCAAGCCCAAAACCCCUUCAAAACGCGGCUUCUGCAUCAUAUGUACACUCAUCUCCGAGUCAUUGCAGAGAGUAUAUCCCUCUGGGGUGAACCUCUUCCCGAAAGCUCUUCAGAGAUCCAAGGCCGUGAGCAAUUUCGAACAUUCCGUAUCACGGAAGAGGGCCUGAACAUGGGUCUUGAUCCCGCUCAAGAAAAGACUGAUGAGCUUGGAUACAAUGAUAUUCAUCUUGAAGUUCAAGGACGGUGGACGCAAACACUCUACCCGGUCAUUUAUGGAAUUCCGGAAUCUCUUAUGACGCUCUUGUCACAAACGGUCUCCUUGUCUAAUGAGAAGAACCGUCUUGAGACUGUUGCACGCUGCAACCCUUCAAUAUCAGAAGCUCUCUCCAAGCAUACCAAAACCCUCGAAAACAGAAUCUGGGCAUGGCCCUCAACCCUCGACCCCACAGAGCCCGUCAAAAUGCCCACAGGCGACGAAGACCUCGUUCGCCAUCCUCAAGUUCGCUCAAUGACACUAGCAAUCCACCAAGCGUUGGUGAUAUACUUCUACCGAAGAGUCUAUGACAUGAACGCCAUGAUAUUGCAAGACCUUGUUCGAAAGACGCUGGAGUAUCUCGAGCCGUGCCUGAGCGAGUUGAUCGAUGAUCAGGAUUUUGCUACGAGUUUGGCGUGGCCUGCUUUUGUGGCAGCUUGUGAAGCUGUGAGUCCGGAUUUGCAGGAGCGAGCGUUGAAGUGUUUGGUGGUUACGGAUGAUAAGGGUGUUUAUUUUACGAACAGGCCGGCUGGGGUUGUUGUGCCCUUGAUUUGGGAGAAGAGGAAGCAGUCUGGGGAUUGGACUACAAGUUGGCAGAGUCUUGUACAGGAAAGUCUAGCAUAG